ACCACAGAUCUGUUACACCGACAAGUGUAGUUAGAAGAACGUGUGUACGUUUUAGUUGUUUGCCUUACAGAAUUGUUCAUCCAAAGGCACAUCGCCGUCUAUAACAGCCAUAUUUCUUCUAACAACAAAAAACUGACUGCUUUGGAUACACCAGAAACGCGCAGAGGAGGGGCCAGGAGGCAAGGGGAGGCCAGGCCACAAGCACAAGUGGAGGACAGGGACGCCUGCAGACUUGACCAGUAAGGUUUAGAGGAGACCUUGAAUAUGGCCUCUGCAGAAGUCAACUCUCCACACCAACUGAUGAGGAGCAUCAAAGAAGAGACAGAGGAGUUCAGUUUAGCUGACUCUCCAUCCCAGCUGAACAUAAAAGAAGAGAGAGAAGAGGUCCCUGCUUUUCCAGAACAGCUGAGUAUAAAAGAAGAGAGAGAAGAGUGCCCUGCUUCCCUACCUCAGCUGAACAUCAAAGAAGAGAGAGAAGACUUCCCUGGUUCUAAAGAACAGCUGAACAUUAAAGAAGAGAGAGAUGACUUCCCUGGUUCUAAAGAACAACUGAACAUAAAAGAAGAGAGAGACGACUUCCCUGGUUCUAAAGAACAACUGAACAUAAAAGAAGAGAGAGACGACUUCCCUGGUCCUCCAUCCCAGCUGAACAUAAAACAAGAGAGAGAAGACUCCUCUGCUUCUCCACCUCAGCUAAGCUGCGCAAUAGAAGACUGCGAGAGAUCUGGGCACCUGCUACUCUGCAGUUCCAGCGGAGCGGAGUUUAGUGGAAAAACACAUUCGGCUGCCUUCACUACAGAGAGGCCGUACCCUUGCAGCCAGUGUGACAAGAGCUUCAAGACAAAACAACAACUCCAAAAACACCAGCCUGUUCACACAGGAGAGAAACCAUUUUUAUGCACUGACUGUGGGAAAAGUUUCUCACGGGUUUCUUGCCUUCAGCUCCAUCAGCGCAUUCACACUGGAGAAAAGCCGUACGUUUGCAGUCAGUGUGACGAGAGCUUCAAGAGAAAAGAUGAGCUCCAAAUCCACCAUCGUGUUCACACAGGGGAGAACCCAUUUUCUUGCACUGACUGUGGAAAGAUUUUCUCACAUUUUUAUAAGCUCGACCGACAUCGUCGCAGUCACACUGGAGAGAAACCUUUUACAUGCACAGACUGCGGACAGAGUUUUGCAACUUCUUCUAACUUUCAUAGCCAUCGCCGCAUUCACACUGGAGAGAAGUCAUACGCUUGCAGUAAGUGUGACAAGAGCUUUAGGACAAAAGCACAUCUCCAAAUCCAUCAGCGUAUUCACACAGGGGAGAAAUCAUUUUCAUGCACUGACUGCGGACAGAGUUUUGCACACUCCACUAGCCUCCACAUACAUCGCCUCAUUCAUACUGGAGAGAGGCCGUAUGCUUGCAGUCAGUGUGAUAAGAGCUUCAAGAUGAAAACAGAUCUCCAAAAACACCAGCGUGUUCACACAGGGGAGAAACCAUAUUCAUGCUCCGACUGUGGCAAGAGCUUUGCACGGUAUAAUAACCUCCACACACAUCGCUUCAAUCACACAGGAGAGAGGCCGUACGCUUGUAGCCAGUGUGACAAGACCUUCAAGACAAAACAACAACUCCAAAAACACCAGCCUGUUCACACAGGGGAGAAACCAUAUGUAUGCACCGACUGUGGGAAAAGUUUCUCACGGGUUUCUUGCCUUCAGCUCCAUCAACGCAUUCACACUGGAGAAAAGCCGUACGCUUGCAGUCAGUGUGACAAGAGCUUUAAGAGAAAGGAUGAGCUCAAAACCCACCAACAUGUUCACACAGGGGUGAAACCAUUUUCAUGCACCGACUGUGGAAAGAGCUUUACAAGUUCUUCUAACCUUCACACACAUCGUCGUAUUCACAGUGAAGAGAGGCCACAUGUUUGCAGUCAGUGUGACAUGAGCUUUAGGACAAAAGCAGAGCUCAGAAUCCACCAGUGUGUUCACACAGGCGAGGGGCCGUUUUCAUGCUCAGACUGUGGGAAGAGCUUCUUGUGGUCCUCUAACCUCUACAGACAUCGCCGCAUUCACACCGCAGAGAAGCCAUAGCCUUGCAACCAGCGCUCCAAAUCCACCAGUGCAUUCACACCGCAGAGAAGCCCUAGCCUUGCAACCAGUCCUCCAAAUCCACCAGUGCAUUCACACCGCAGAGAAGCCCUAGCCUUGCAACCAGUCCUCCAAAUCCACCAGUGCAUUCACACCGCCGAGAAGCCGCAGGAAAAAUUGUCCACAAAAAAUCCUAUAAAUGCACGCCUACCAAUAAGAGUUGAGGCUAUAAUAGCUGCAAAAAUGUGGACCAACAUCAUAUUGAACCGUAUGGCAGUGGUUCUUAAUUUGGGAUGCGGAUAGAUUGAUAUAUCAAGCGAGAAUCAUUGUAAUGGAUCACUUACAUAAUUUUUUAGUGUGUAUACACAUGCUUUGGUUGGGGGUGUGCGCGGCUUGUCCUCAAACUUCACCACUUCAACUGUUCUUAAGUUGACAGUUAAAG